ACAAAAACAGGGGGCGUUCCUUCCUUUCUAUGGAUUCCAUGAGCAAGACCACAAUUCGUAUAGGUUUGAUCCUUUUUUUUUUUUAUUAAUCAAAGCUCAAAGAUUAUAUCUUCAUUGUUGAAGUGGGUCCAACUUGAUGAUGAUUGCCGGUGGAUGAUUGGUCGUCAUCACCAAAGCAUUUUUGGAAACUACACUAUAAAAAGCCAGCAAGCACUUUGAGAGAAAGUCUUCUUCAUAGGUAGUGAAAAUGCCUGGAUUAAGUGGUCCUUCUGAUUAUUCACAAGAACCGUCCCGCCAUCCUUGUCUUCAUAUCAACGCCAAGGAGCCUUUUAAUGCUGAGCCACCGCGUUCGGCUUUAGUUUCCUCUUAUGUGACUCCGGUGGAGUUGUUUUUCAAGAGAAAUCAUGGACCAAUCCCUCUAGUUGAUGACAUAGAGAGAUAUUGUGUCGAUAUAAACGGUUUAAUUGAAAGUCCGAAAAAGCUUUAUUUCAGAGAUAUCAGGAUGCUACCAAAAUACAACGUCACUGCCACUUUACAGUGUGCAGGUAAUAGGAGGACUGCCAUGAGCAUUACCAGAAAAGUGAAAGGAGUUGGCUGGAAUGUUUCGGCUAUUGGAAACGCUGUCUGGGGUGGUGCCAAAUUGGCUGAUAUUCUUGAACUUAUUGGGGUUCCGAAGUUGACAAGUAGCACUCAGAGUGGAGGAAAACACAUUGAAUUUGUGAGCAUUGAUAAGUGUGAGGAGGAAAACGGAGGUCCAUACAAGGCAUCGAUUCCACUUAGUCAGGCCACAAACCCUGAAGCAGAUGUUUUACUUGCUUAUGAGAUGAAUGGAGAACCUCUCAACAGGGAUCAUGGUUACCCGUUGAGAGUAAUUGUACCAGGUGUUAUAGGUGCUCGUUCCGUCAAGUGGCUGGAUUCUAUCAAUAUAAUAGCAGAAGAAUGCCAGGGAUUUUUCAUGCAAAAGGACUACAAGAUGUUUCCACCAUCGGUGGAUUGGGGUAACAUCAGUUGGAAUACCAGGAAGCCACAAAUGGAUUUCCCAGUUCAGUCCGUGAUUUGUUCUUUGGAAGAUGCGCAGUCGAUAAAACCAGGAAAGGUAAGAAUUAGUGGAUAUGCAGUAUCAGGAGGUUGCCGUGGAAUUGAACGCGUAGAUGUAUCUAUUGAUGGCGGAAAAACAUGGAGGGAAGCCACUAGGUUUCAGAAAACUGGUAUCCCUUACAUAGCAGAUGGCAUAAGCAAUGACAAAUGGGCAUGGGUGCUUUUUGAGCUCACAGUUGAUAUCCCACAGAGCACUGAGAUUAUUGCCAAAGCGGUAGAUUCAGCUGCAAACGUGCAACCUGAAAAGGUGCAAGAUAUUUGGAACCUAAGAGGGAUUCUUAACACUUCAUGGCACAGAGUUCAUGUCCGCAUUGGCCACUCAAAUAUGUAAAACGAACCUGAAUGGAACAGUUAAAUAACUUGGCUAGCAACCUGAAAUGUGAACCAAACUCUCUUUUACCAUUUUGUUUUGUUCAAAACAGUAUCCUCUGGCUUUAAUUUAGUGAGUUCUUUGAGGGAACAAGAUAGAGUUGUUGAAAGCUUUGCAACACAGUUCCUUUUAUAUAUUGCAUUAUUUCAUAUUACGCGUAA